GUAAUUACCCUGUGAUCGUUGAUGCUGCAACGGGCCAUACACAGUCACCUAUUUUUUGACAGUUGACAGGUCUCGUCCAAGAACUUUUGUGCCAUGGUUUACGCAUUCUCUUUCACAGCAACAUUGGCGCUACAUGUGAUUUGUUUCCUUAUGCACUUCUCAUCUGACAUGCAUGAGUCACAGACCAGAGAAUAUCUGCCACCUUCGAUCCACAAACAGCCAGCUUCACGGGUACGACCUUUAACUCGUACCUGCGUUUGUACCUGCAUCGCGCCCCUGGUACCACAACAUCAUCAUAACGGGCAUUUUUGUAUCACACCGCACACUCACAGCUCAACCUUGCCUUGUUCAUCUCUUGGCUAUCAUCGCAUUCGCAAGUUGAUCCUGAACUUUCCAGUGGAGAAUACUGUGGCCGGACAGAACGGCACCAUCAUCGUGGACCUGUGAUAGGAGACUUGCGGUACCUUGCAUGAGGCGGUGCCUGAGUACAGAGCAUUGCCAAUAUUCAUUGGCUUUGCGAUGUGGCCAUACCACGAAGAUUACCAAGACUUGAGUAUUGACGAAGUCGCUU